CUUCCGUUUCACGUUCGACGGUCGAUAACCUGAUAACUCCGCGAACGAAGAUGGCGGGUAUAGGGAAGCUGUUUAAAAAGGGAAAGAGGCCGCCCGAGCCGCCUACAAAAGACUACGACAGAAGAUCUAGGAGCCAAGAUGAUGACUCCGAUGACGGCUGCUACUUAGACCCGACUAAAGUCCACCCGACGCUCCAUCCGAAUACUGCCGUAAUGCCGAGUUACCCGCCCCCAAGGCCUCAGCAUUCCCCCAAAAACAGCGAGCGCAGAUCGAAUGGGAAUGCCUCGACACGGGCCUCUCUCUCCUCCGAAGAUCAAGCUAGACCUGUGAAGCCACCAAGGAGACAUGGUAAAGGAGAAUCAAGCAAGCAAAACGCGCCAGCUGAUGACUAUUGUGACCCUUGGGACGCUGCUAGAGUGCCUCCCAUGAGACAACAGUUCUCAACGUCUUCAACAUCAUCAGGAGGAGGUGAGGCCUAUUGUGAUCCUCUUGACGUCUCGCCACCCCCUAAUCCCCAGCCUUCAGGAAAAGACAAACUUGAUGAUUACUGCGAUCCAUGGGACUCACGAAAAGUUAAGCCUCCAGUUGCUAAGAAACCAUCAGGGAGGGAUGAGUACAUGGAUCCAUGGGAUGCAAAGAACCCACAGAGUAGAACCACACCUAAAGAUUCAGAUGAUGAGAACUACAGUGAGCCAUAUGAUGCAGGGAAGGUUACUGUACUGGAUGAGCAGGCCAAGAGGAUGUCCCUCAGGGGAAUGAGGCUGCCGUCACAAGGGGAACAGGUCCAGUCCCCAACCACGGAUACCAGACCUCUAGAUGACUACGACUCUCCAUGGGAGAGCAAAGGCCUCGUUCGUCCACCAAGUCUAGCAUCAACAUCGCUUGGUGAGCAAAACAAGGAAGUGGACUCCCGACCAUCUGAAGACUAUGAUAAACCAUGGGAAUGGAUGGCUCGCAAGACACAGCACAUGAGCAUGGCUAGUCCAGCGAUCCCCAAACCACAGAACACAGCGACCCCCAAACAACAGAAUUCAUCAAACCCCAAACCACAACCAUAUGCAAAACCCCAAAGCUACUAUGUUAAGACACAAGCAUCACCCCAGAUAGACUCGCGCCCACCAGACGACUAUGAUGCCCCAUGGGAGUACAAUAAGAGAACGAGUCAGCUGGUCUCCAUGGUAACUGAACAAGGUGCAGUUGAUAAGGCGUCAUUCCCCCCAAAGCCCCCAAGGACAUUUGAUGAAGAGGUGGUUUCUGCUGGUUUUGAAGUGGACCCUGAACUGCCUCUUGUCAAACAGACCUGGUACCACGGCCCGAUCACUAGGGUUGAGGCUGAACGUAUCCUCAAGUAUGAAGAGGACGGUUCCUUCCUAGUGAGAGAUAGUGAAAGCUCUCGACAGGAUUACUCACUCUCAUUCAAGAACAACAAUGCGUUCGUUCAUUUAAAAAUCGCCCAGUCCAACGGCAAAUACGUAUUGGGUCAGUUCAGCAAACCGUUCGAUGCUGUUCCAGGGAUCAUUCAACACUACUCGCUAAACAAGUUGAACAUCAAAGGAGCAGAGCACAAAUAUCUAAAGACUCCUGUCUGCCCACAACACGAAUACUUUGUACUAGAGGAAAAAGCCAACAGCUAGGCCAGCACAAAUGGUGAAAAACUCCAGUUUGACCCGAACACCAGUACUUUGUACUAGAGGAGAAAGCCAACAGCUAGGCCAGUUUAGAGAUGCAACAACCUUGUUACAAGGGGGUGCCACCAACCUUUGUUCUUCCGAAAUUAUCACGCUCGAAAUUCUUUCAAUCGCUGGCAUUUUUCAACAAGAUAGUCCAGUCAAAAAAAGAUGCCAACCCGGAACAAAUUCGCACAGUACAAAUUUCGUCAGAUUUAAAUUUUACAGACAUUGACUAAUGACUUUGCCAUGUUUCCGCCCACUGCUUUUGGUAGACUUUAAUCAUAUUAUUAAUCACUGUGUUGCUGUGCAAGAUUGUUCCGGUUUUGGCAAUUUUGAAGAUAUGUGGCUGGAGCCUUAUUUUUAAAUCACAUAUAUAUAAAUACAAUAUAACAUCGGCGCAAAAAAGCAAGGUUUUACAGACGAUUCAAGCGCUCUUGCUGUAAUUCUCUAUGACGAAUAUUCUAAAGAAAUUCUAAAGACAUUUUUUUAAUGAUAGUUGACGUCGGUAAAACCUAUUAUUUUCUCUCUUGUUAUAUCGUCGAUCAUAGAGCAAAGAUUCAAGAGAGAAAACGCUAAAACAGCAAAGUUACUGUCGCUAGCCACACCCGAACAGAUAAUAAAACGGUGUUGUAAGAAUCAGUGGCUAAAAAUAGUCCCGUCAAUUAAUCAUGUUAUAAUCAGGAAAAAAUCUCACAGGGCCUCAUUCGGUUGAAAUUUCCGUUUCCUUAGAAAAUAUAUUACACUAAGUAAGACAAUUAAAUGGCAAAUAAAUGAAUUAACCGUU